AAUACCGACCUUGAGAAAAAUUAGAGCGUUCCAUAUGAUAAAAUAUUCGCGACUGAGUUGAAAACUUAUUAACAGUAGGUAAUUUAAUACAUGUACAUACAUAUUUAUCCACUGACGAGGAUUUAUCUCACGAUUGAAGUUGGCAAGCGUCUCUAUAUGUAUGUAGACGUGCGUGCAUGUUUUUUUCGCACGCUGGACACGAUGCCUUUUGUCUUCGCAGACACACGGAGAUGGCGCAUCAGGGUUUCUUGGCCCCAACAUUGCCCUACAUACAUCAGCUCCGUACAACGUACAACGAGUUUAAUAGCUGCGCGGACUCCAAACGAACAACAUGUAUCGAAGGAUUGCUGUAAUUCUUGUCCUAUGUUACCUGAGUUUCUCACCAACUUGUCAAGCCCUCGAUAUCGAUGAUUGUGGCUCGAAAGUGGGAAAAUUUACGUCUGUAACUCUGGACUGUGAUAUGAAUAAAUCUGUAUGUGAUUUAAUACCAAAUACAAAUGCAACAAUUAAUAUCGAUUUUACAGUUGAUAAAGAUGUUUCAAAAGUUAAUGCAGUUGUGCAUGGUAUUGUGAUGGAUGUUCCUAUACCUUUUCCAUUGCCAAAUGCAGAUGCUUGUCAAGCUCCUGAUUCUGGCAUUAAAUGUCCCUUAAAGAAGGGUGAUGCCACAUUUCACUAUAAAAAUACGUUACUGGUACUAAAAUCCUAUCCUAAGGUCAGUGUUACCGUAAAGUGGCAACUCAAAGAUGAGAACAAUGAAGAUAUUAUUUGCAUAUUAAUUCCAGCACGAAUCAAAUAGCAACAAAAAGCGAAUGUAUUUUUUUUUAAAUACAUAAUGUGCUACAAACUUAAAUGCUGAAUAAAUAAAAAGUAAGGUUAGUAGUGGGGAUUUAUGUGAAACAAAUUGCUUAAAAUCUGUGUGUUGUUAUAAAUUAGUUUAAAAAGAGAAAUGUUUAAAUCUGUAGUAUUUUGUUUAUCUAGAUAAAUAAUUGUUUUAUCUAAUACAAAGAUAAUCAUAUUGCAAUAAAUUUUUAAUUUCUAUAUAUUA